AUGGUGAGUCUGUGGAUCGGAUUCGUCUCGUAUCUGCCCGAGGGUGAAUGUUGGGCGCCGCGGUACAACUGGCUGGCGCGCGAGGGGAGAUUCACAUGCUACCCGAAUGUUGGUGAAACUGACGAAUUUUUGGCACUUUCCUAUGGAGAGGUGCAGCACAUCACACUUGUUUGUGCAGAUGGGACGCCUGUGCCUUCUAACCUCGUGACGGCAGGUAAUCGCCAAGUUUGCGCAGGGAGACUCUCAGCAGCAGACUGUCAGAAAGGAGCUGCCCCAUUGGCUAAAUUUGUCUAUGGGGCCCAAGAUGACUGGUUCACAGGCACGGAUUCCAGGACAGGAGUAACAAUCACCAUCCCGGACAAGUAUUUUCCAGUUGCGGGGGAGGAGUUCAGUAUUGGUUGUAAGGGCAUCUACACGUGUAUGCUCACAGUGUUCCUCCAACUCAGGAGUCCACGAUAUGAGAUUCAGGAGGCUGGCUGCUCCUACAACGCCAAUAAACGGUUGCCUCAGAUUGUAAUGAACCAGGAUAAGAACGUGUUAACGGUAAUGUGCAGGCCCGACGGCGAGAUGUUCCCCCCUGAUUACAAGGACAAGCACUGUACGGAGACUCCGUUUGGCCCGUGCCUCGAACGACGGUAUUCUGAGGUGCUACCGCGCUAUAACGAAACGUGGUGGAGCGGCGAUCCUUCAUCAAUGGAAGGAGCAUCACUCACAAUCCCUAAAGACAGCUUCCCCAAGACAACACAGCAUUUCACGGUAGUCUGCAUUGGUCCGCGGCCUCACCCUCGAAAUAAGUGUGUUGUGCCUAUAGAGGUGUCUGCGCCCUCGGAACCGGGGCAGGGGAGUGUAACAGAUGUUAGUCGCGGUGGUGGAGAACACAUAGGUGGGACAAGCGGGAGCCAUAAAGUGUCUACGCAUCAGCUUUCAGCUGUGAUGUCGGGGCUUCUGACCACUGGGUAUUUUUGCUUAUUCUAA